AUGAAUAGAAGUCUCUUUUUGGCAUUUCUAUUUGGAUGGUAUUUCUGUUCAAUAGCACUCUCAGUAUACAAUAGAUGGAUGUUCGAUCCGAAGGAUGGGCUGGGUAUUGGAUAUCCGGUGCUAGUAACGACGUUCCAUCAGGGUACUUUAUGGUUAUUAUCUGGCUUAUACAUUAAGCUUAGACAUAAACCAGUCUUCAGAAAGGAAAAAGCUUUCAAUUGGGGUUUUUUCUUCAAAUUCCUACUUCCUACAGCAGUCGCUUCUGCAGGUGAUAUUGGUUUCAGUAAUGUUUCCUUCAAAUAUGUUCCCUUGACAAUCUAUACGAUUAUAAAAUCGUCCAGUAUAGCAUUUGUUCUUUUGUUCGGGUGUAUUUUCAAGUUGGAGAAGUUCCAUUGGAAGUUGGCCCUUUUAGUAAUAAUUAUGUUCGGUGGUGUAGCAUUGAUGGUCCUUAAACCAAGUGAUCCCAACAGUACAGAAAAUGACAGAGCCUUGGUUAUUUUUGGUAGCUUCCUCGUCUUGGCAAGCAGUUGUCUUUCUGGAUUAAGAUGGGUUUAUACUCAAUUGGUGCUGACAAACAAUCCAAUUCAUACUAAAGACGUAGUAGCAGUCGCAGAAUCGGAGGAUACUUUUUUUACUGAAAAUGAGGAUAAUAUUGACGAUGAACCUGUUGUUAAACUUGCUAAUAGCAAGAUGCUAAAAAAAUGCAGAGAAUCUAAGCCUCAUCCGAUUCAUACGAUCUACCAGUUGGCUCCUAUAAUGGGGGCUACGCUAUUGCUUACCUCACUACUUGUUGAAAAACCGUUUCCUGGCAUUUUCAAUUCCAGCCUAUUUAGGCUUAAUAUAGAACAGGGCAGUGACGGUACACACCCCACUAUUCUCUCUAUUAUAAAGGGUCUUUUUCUAUUAAUUUUGCCUGGAUUUGCGGUUUUUUUGAUGACAAUUUGUGAAUUUAGCAUCCUGGAACAAACACCCGUUUUGACGGUAUCUAUCGCCGGUAUCGUAAAGGAAGUACUGACAGUCAUAUUCGGUAUGAUUAUUCUUUCUGAAAGGUUAAGCGGUUUUUACAAUUGGGUAGGCAUGCUCAUCAUCAUGGCAGAUGUUUGCUAUUAUAAUUAUUUCAGAUAUAAGCAAGAUUUAUUACAACGAUAUCAGUCAGUUUCGACUCAAGAUCGCAGUAACGAGGCAAAGGGAUUUCAAGACUUCGAGCAAUUAGUGAGUAAAAAAAGCGCACCAUACUCUAUUAUCGUUGAUUCAACAAACCAAGAGUACGAGCUUGAUAUUAUUGCACAAAAUGCUAGUCGUUCAUCCCAGCAGGUCUGA